AAAUAAUGAAUUGGGUAAGGAACAGUUAAUAAGAAAAUGUGCCUUGCUAACUGUGCACAUUACAACAAAGAGCUGGCAGCUCCUGAAGGAAAAGGGCUUGUGCUGCUGCCGUUCAAACUUGUCAGUCAACUCGUGCCAGCAGCCUCAGCGUCUGCCUCCCCAGCACACCCUCAUUACAUGUGUCUGUCUGGCCUGAUCUGUGCAUCUGCUCAGAGACGCUCCUGACAAGUCGGGAAUUUCUCCAUUUCUCCCUGGUGCGAAGAGCGGAUUUCUCCCUGCUUCUCUUCUAUCACCUCCGUGCCUCUCCCCAAGGAGGCUCUUUGAUUUAUGGUAGCUUUGGACUUCCUUCAGCGUCUGCCUGUUCUUGACUUCUAGAAUGGAAGAAGCUGAGCUUGUGAAGGGAAGACUCCAGGCCAUCACAGAUAAGAGAAAAAUACAGGAAGAAAUCUCUCAGAAGCGUCUGAAAAUAGAGGAAGAAAAACUAAAACACCAGCAUUUGAAGAAAAAGGCCUUGAGGGAGAAAUGGCUUCUCGAUGGAGUCACCAGUGGGAAAGAACAGGAAGAGAUGAAGAAGCAAAAUCAGCAAGACCAGUACCAGAUCCAGGUUCUAGAACAAAGUAUCCUCAGGCUUGAGAAAGAGAUCCAAGAUCUUGAAAAGGCUGAACUGCAAAUCUCAACCAAUGAAGAAGCAAUUUUAAAGAAACUAAAAUCAAUUGAGAGGACAACAGAAGAUAUAAUAAAAUCUGUGAAGGUGGAAAAGGAAGAAACAUUGGGAGAAUCAAUUGAGGAUAUCUAUGCUAAUAUCCCUGACCUUCCAAAAUCCUACAUACCUUCCAGAUUAAGGAAGGAAAGAAAUGAAGGAAUAGAGGAUGAUGAACAAAAUAGAAAAGCUUUGUAUGCCAUGGAAAUUAAAGUUGAAAAAGACUUGAAGACUGGAGAAAGUACAGUUCUGUCCUCAAUACCUCUCCCAUCAGAUGACUUUAAAGGUACAGGGAUAAAAGUUUAUGAGGAUGGGCAGAAGUCAGUCUAUGCGGUCAGCUCUAAUCCUAAUGCAGCACACAAUGGCACCCAUGGCCUGGCCCCAGUAGAGGUGGAGGAGAUUUUAAGACAAGCCUCCGAGAGAAACUCUCAAUCACCAACAGAGUAUCAUGAGCCUGUAUAUGCCAAUCCAUUUUGCAGGCCAGUGACCCCACAGAGAGAAAAGGUCACCCCUGGACCAAACUUUCAAGAAAGGAUAAAGAUGAAAGCCAAUGGACUGGACAAUGAUGUAAACGAAUCCAUGUACAAUAUGGACAAUGGAAUUUCAGAAGAAAGGAGCAAUGACUUCAAUCAUAUCAGUCCCAUCCGGCCAACACCUCUCCCUCGAUCAAUGACUCACCAAACAGAAGAGACAUUCCAUACCCCUCAGAAGAGGGUGAUGCCUCCUUGGGAAGAAUCGAAUAUCAGUCAGGACAAAUAUAUGCCCUCUCCGAAGGCCAGACUGAGCCCCAGCAAAGCAACAGUUGGGAAGUCUGAACCCCAUGGUUCUUCACCCACUCUCCAGGAGGAGGAGGAUGUUAGAUACAAUAUUGUUCAUUCAUUGCCUUCUGACAUGGAUAAUACAGAACCUGUAACAAUGAUUUUCAUGGGGUAUCAGCAGGCAGAAGAUAAUGAAGAAGAAAGAAAGCUGCUGACAGGGUAUGAUGGGAUCAUCCAUGCUGAGCUGGUGGUAAUUGAUGAUGAGGGGGAGGAGGAGGAAGGAGAAGUGGAGAAGCCAUCCUACCAUCCUAUAGCUCCCUGCAGUCAGGUUUACCAGCCAACCAAACCAACACCACUUCCUAGAAAGAGAUCCGAAGUUAGUCCUCAGGAAAACACAAACCAUAAGUCUCCCCACAAAAAUUCUAUAUCUCUGAAAGAGCAAGAAGAAAGCUUAGGCAACGCUGGCCGCCAUUCUCCACUUGAUGUUCCGACAGCUGGAGAUGGGACUGAGGAUCCAUCCUUAACAGGCUUGAAGCGAGAAGGAGGAAAGCAGACUCUAACCAACUGCAGUGGAAGUCGUGAUACACAGAGCCUGCCUGAUUGACAGAAUCUCAAGAUGAGGAGUAACUGUAGGGAAGAGGAUUUCAGCCUGCCUUAGACCAUUAAAAAGUCACUUACCCCUGCUCUCUUUUAGCAUUGGCAAGGUAGAGGUUCAUAAAAUCCAAGGUAGAAACUUCAUAACAUCUUGCCUUUUGCCUGUGCUUACCUCAUAUUGUAGAACUACAGACCCCUUCUCGAGGCUCACCACCCAACAAUGCCCAGCCAGAGACCACCUGCCUAAGACAGGGCGGGGGAAAUUUUCUCAGCUGUCCCAAACUAAAGGGAAGGUUCUUGUUCCUGAAACUAUGAAUGAUCAUUCAAAUGUCAAGGGAAAUAAUAAUUUUUAACUUAAUUGAAACAAAAAAAAUUCAUAUAGGUAGAUUAGACUGAGAGUAAAAAUGACCAUGGUCUUGUUAAUAGUAGCAGAUCCAAUCCCUUUUCAUAUAUGGUACUGAAAUGAGAGAUCAUGUCUUCCCUUUUGGUUUUCAUUAAACAAAAUUGUGCAAUUAGCUUAGUAACUAGUUCUUAAUCCAUUUUACACAUAAAUGUAAUACCACAUCCUUAAUAUAAUCAGUAGGUUAGUGCCUUGGAAACAGCUCUCAACCUUUAAAACAUGACUGAGGCAGCUACACUCUGAAGUCCUAAACAUUAAGGCAUGAUACCAGAAUACCAAAGGACUGUUCUAAAUCCUAAACCUACAUUUUAAAAAAUGCUUUCUACAUCCACAUAUCAUUAAUAGUAGAACACACUCAAAAAAGAUACAUUUGCUAUUUGAAGGCAUAUUUAUAUCUUAACAGAGAUAAUUAAUAAUCAAUCCAACUCAACUGCUAGUUCACAUUGUUUUAUAU